AUGCAGCAGUUCUUACGCCCUUCACAGCGCAUCGCCGCUAGUUUCCGCCCACGUGGUUUUCCAAUCUCCAUCACAAGUCGUGCGUUUGCCACUGACAAGCGCUACACGCCGGUAAACGAAGUGCCGGCCAGCAUCUUGCAGAACAUUGGGUCGGACAAGAUCUUUUCACCCGGUUUUGCUGCUCGGGGCGAACAUGCGCCUGUUCUAGGUGCGGUUCCUGCGUACCUGGAUGCGCAAGCCACGUCCCCGGUGGAUCCACGUGUAUUGGACGCCAUGCUGCCGUACAUGACGUACGCUUUCGGGAACCCCCACUCGACGACGCACGAGUUUGGCUGGGACGCCGAUAAAGCUGUGGAAAAGGCUCGAGAGAGCGUUGCAAACUUGAUCAAUGCGGACGCAAAAGAGAUCAUCUUUACGUCGGGGGCAACAGAGAGCAACAAUGCUAUCUUGAAAGGUGCUGCCCACUUUACGAAAGCCAAGAAGAAGCACAUUAUCACGACUCAGAUUGAGCACAAGUGCGUGUUGGAUUCGUGUCGUGUAUUAGAGACCGAGGGGUUUGAGGUGACGUACUUACCAGUAGGUACGAACGGACUCGUGGACCUCGAGCAGCUCCAGGCUGCGAUUCGUCCGGAUACGGCCAUUGUGUCGGUUAUUGCCGUGCACAAUGAGAUUGGCGUAUUGCAGCCACUCAAGGAGAUUGGGCAAAUUUGUCGCGACCGGAAAGUGUUUUUCCACACGGACGCGGCGCAGAUGUUGGGCAAGUUGCCAAUGGAUGUGAACGCCAUGAACAUCGACGUCAUGUCCAUGUCAGGGCACAAGAUUUACGGUCCAAAGGGUGUUGGCGCUAUGUACGUCCGACGUCGACCGCGUGUUCGUCUGGAGCCGAUCAUUUCAGGCGGUGGCCAGGAAAGAGGGUUACGCAGUGGUACGCUCGCAACUCCACUCGUGGUCGGGUUUGGAAAAGCCUGUGAAGUUGCGGCUCAGGAGAUGGAGAAUGACCAUCGAUGGGUCAAGUACUUGUCCGACAAGCUCUACCAUGGUAUUACGGACCGCAUUGAGCACGUGGUGCUUAAUGGCGACUUGGAACAGCGAUAUCCGGGCAACCUCAACUUGUCGUUUGCGUACGUGGAAGGCGAGAGUUUGCUCAUGGCCCUUAAGAACAUUGCCGUCUCUUCGGGAAGUGCAUGCACGAGUGCGUCACUCGAGCCAUCGUAUGUGUUGCGUGCUAUUGGCGUGGGCGAGGACUUGGCCCACACGUCGAUUCGCUUUGGCAUUGGCCGCUUUACGACCGAAGACGAGAUUGACUAUGCCGUGGAUUUGUGCGUGAAGCACGUGACGCGUCUACGCGAGAUGAGUCCGCUUUGGGAGAUGGUGCAGGAGGGCAUUGAUCCCAACACGAUCCAGUGGAGCCAAGAUGCACACUAA